CAAACGUUAAUAAAGAAUUAUUAUAAUUAUAAUUAAUAUUUGUCUCUAGUUUAAUGCUUUAUUUUAUAAAUUAUGGAAGAAAUAAAAGUGACAAAUAUAUGCAGGGCAUGUAUGUGUACAGAUGGAGCAAUGAAACCGAUGUUUAUAUCUGAAAAUCUAACACCAGCCUUAGCUAAUAUGCUUAUGUCUUGUACAAAUAUCCCAAUUUCUGAAUUAGAUGGGUUGCCUGGACAAAUUUGCGAAGGAUGUGAAAUUUCAUUACACUCAGCUUUUUUGUUUAAACAACAAUGUGAAAGAUCUGAUGUAGAAUUGAGAAAAGUGUUUGGAAAUACGGAGAAUGUUUUAGAAGAUAAACAAAUCAAGGAUGAGCCUAUCACAGAACCUAUUGAUUUCGAUUUACUAAAACCUAAAAUCGAAAUUGAAAUGGAUGCUGAAGAAUUCUUAGAAGGUGUGGAAGCCACCGAUGAUUUGGAAGAAACAGAACUGGAAAUUCCCCAUAGGCGCAGGGGCAGAAAAAAAUUAACCAAUGAUUUUUCUUGCGAUAUCUGUGGAAAAAUCUUUGAUAAGCUUUAUCGUUUGCAAAGGCAUUUAAAUGUUCAUAAUUCAGAAGGAAAACCUUUUGAGUGCACAAUAUGUUAUCAACGUUUUGUUAGAGAAGAUUUAUUGAUAAGACAUAGAAUAAAACAUUCAGAAUUAAUGUCUAAAAAUUUCAAUUCUGAAGAUAUAAAAGAAAUAUAUAAGUGCUCAGAGUGUGAUAGAGUAUUCAGGAAGCAGGAGUCUCUUUCAGCACACAUGCAAAAGCACAAAAAUGAAGAACCUCAGAGUUAUGAAUGUACCGAGUGCGAAAGAACUUUUACUAAAGCAAGCCAUUUAUCACGGCAUAUGAAAAUACAUGGCAAUGUUAAGCCUCAUAAAUGUCAGUUGUGCCCAAAAUCAUUUGCUCUUGGUGGUCACUAA